AUGCCUAAAAACAAGAAAAAAGCUGAUAGUUCUAGCAGUGAUAGCGAUGACGGUCCAGUGGAUAGAAAUCCUCCUCCUGAAAAGAAGGCCAAAAUGGGUUCCAGAACUGACGAUAAAGAGCCUACUUGGGUAUUGGAAGGAAAGAAGUUAGUCAAAGUACGUGAGUUUAAAGGAAAAGUGUACAUAGACAUUAGAGAAUUUUAUGAAAAGAAUGGAGAAUUAUUACCAGGAAAGAAAGGAAUUAGUUUGAAUCCCGAUAUGUGGAGAAAGCUGUUAUCCUUAGGAGAUGAAAUUAAUGAAACUGUUAGCUCUAUGUGU